UCCAAUGGGAGCGAGACUGGGGUGGGCCCAGAGGCAGAAGGAGCAUGGCUUGGAGACUGCUGAAAAAGCGGGCCCAGGAUGCUGUGGUCAUCCUGGGCGGUGGGGGACUUCUCUUUGCUUCCUACCUGACCGCUGUGGGGGAUGAGCAUUUCUAUGCUGAACACUUGAUGCCAGCUCUGCAGCAGCUGCUGGACCCUGAGUCAGCCCACAAGCUGGCUGUUCGCUUUACCUCCCUGGGGCUCCUUCCUCGUGUCACGUUUCAAGACUCUGACAUGCUGGAAGUGAAGAUCCUGGGCCAUAAAUUUCGAAAUCCAGUAGGAAUUGCUGCAGGAUUUGACAAGCAUGGGGAAGCUGUGGAUGGACUUUUUAAGAUGGGCUUUGGCUUUGUUGAGAUAGGAAGCGUUACUCCAAAACCUCAGGAAGGAAACCCCAGACCCAGAGUCUUCCGCCUCCCAGAGGAUCAAGCCAUCAUUAACAGAUACGGAUUUAACAGUCAUGGACUCUCAGUGGUGGAGCACAGGUUACGGGCCAGGCAGCAGAAGCAGACCAAGCUCUCAGAAGAUGGGCUGCUACUGGGAGUAAACCUGGGGAAGAAUAAGACAUCCGUGGACGCUGCUGCGGACUACACAGAAGGGGUGCGAGUCCUGGGCCCCUUGGCUGACUACCUGGUAGUGAAUGUGUCCAGUCCUAACACGGCAGGGCUGCGGAGCCUUCAGGGAAAGGCCAAGCUGCACAACCUGCUGACCAAGGUACUACAGGAAAGGGAUGCCUUGAAGGGAGCUCACAAGCCGGCUGUGCUGGUGAAGAUCGCCCCUGACCUCACAGCCCAGGAUAAGGAGGAUAUCGCCGGGGUGGUGAGAGAGCUGGGCAUCGAUGGUUUGAUUGUCACAAACACCACCUUGAGUCGCCCUGCCAGUCUGCAGGGUGCCCUGCGCUCCGAAACAGGAGGGCUAAGUGGGAAGCCUCUUCGGGACUUGUCAACUCAGACCAUUCGGGAGAUGUAUACGCUCACUCAAGGGAGAGUUCCCAUCAUUGGGGUUGGCGGUGUCAGCAGCGGGCAGGAUGCGCUGGAGAAAAUCCGAGCAGGGGCCUGCUUGGUGCAGCUGUACACAGCCCUCACGUACCAGGGCCCACCUGUGGUGGGCAGAGUCAAGCAGGAGCUGGAGGCCCUUUUGAAAGAGCAGGGUUUUAGCAGCAUCACAGAGGCCAUUGGAGCAGAUCAUCGGAGGUGAGGAUGCUGUCUGGUGGGAAGCCGUUCUGUAACCUUCCCACUAAAUCAGAUGAACCCUGUUGCUGGAUCGUGGGAGGAGGGACUCUCUUGAGCCAGAUACCCCAAACCAUAAGAUUCCUUCCUUGGUGGCCUGGCUGGACUUAAAAGACAAUCAUGAAAGUCACUAGAAUCAACAGAUGUUCUACAAUCACUUGGUCAGACCAUAAAGUGCCAUUGUGAUUCUUUUCUAUAUUCAGAUUCUAAGAUCCUUCAGUAUUGCAGAGACAUUGGAUAUUUGGUGGUGACCAUGGAAAAAAUAAAGCUGUUUAAAGCCUGAA